AUGCAAUCUUUCCAGCCGUCUAAUGUCCUGGCUCAGGGUCCAAAGAACUAUGUCUUCGUAGAUGAACAUAAUCGACACAAGCGGUUGAAGGUGAUGAGGGCAUGUGAAGGUUGUCGAAGGAGGAAGAUCAAGUGCGAUGCUGCUACGACGAACAGCUGGCCAUGUGCAGCAUGCAAGCGUCUCAAACUUACCUGUGUUCCUCCCACGGGAGGCGUCGAUGGGGAUUUGAGUGUUGUUGACAGCGACAUUGAUCAAUUCGAUGCAACACCAGCAAGCAUUCCUCCUCAGCAAUACCCUGGCGACCAGAUCCAAUACCUACACAACUAUAGUUCUCAAUCUGAUCUUGGCCAGAGCUACUCACCUUACGGUGUUCAGGGUAAUCAACACCUCUACAACCAGCACCAAUUCGAUUACUCGUCAACGCGGCAUGCAUCGAGUCAAGCCGAGGAUGCUCCGCUCCCUGCUCACCAACAGCAGCGAUUGUCGUCGUUCGACUCCGCGAACGGCCACGCAGAACCUCACUCUUUCGGCAGUCCACAGUCGAGUGACUCGGUUACUGCAGAAGAUUUAGCAGAAAAUUUAGGGGAUCUCCGUAUUGCGGAUAGUGGCGUUGCUCCAUAUAUCCGUCAGCAGAAUGGAUCACUGCAAGAAGCUCCGGCCCCGAUAGUCGAGGAUGAUGAGGAUUUACCAGCAUUUUCGACAGCCGCAGGAUCGCAGAUACGGAUCCCGCCAGCAUUGAUGCCGACCAACGAAGAAGCCUCAAAGGCUUUCCAGGAGUUCUUUAGGCACGUUCAUCCAUACGCGCCUGUUCUUUGUCGCAAUCAUUUCUUACGGCAGUGGCAACAGGACCGUGAUUCUAUAUCUCCACUUCUGCUCGAGGCUGUCUUUGCGUGUGCAGGUCAAGUAUCGGACGACCCUGCUGGUGGCUCGCAAUGGUUAGCACUGGCUAACAGGCACGAGGAGAAUUUCGCAGAUACCCCUCGCCUUAGCACUAUCCAAGCACUACUACUGUUAUUGAAGGCUCGAGAAAAGACACCUAAGAGAGGCUAUUAUUAUCGAUCAUGGAUUACUGUCAGAAAGAUUGUAGGUAUGGCGAAAGACCUCGAUUUGCAUGAGCAUUUCGACAUGCAUACUAGUGGUGGAACGUGUGAUUCCGGUCCCGUUGACUGCCUCUCAAAAACUAGAAUAUGGCAGGUCACAAUGUUGGUUGAGUUAAUGGUUGGCGCUCCUCAAGGGCGGACGGACUAUGGCGUAGAUGUCGACACAGUGAAUGUCAGUCCCUCCCCUCCGAAUGCUGACAUUGAUGAAUACGAGCGUGCAAUAUCCAGGCAAUGUGGUUACUGGAUGCGCAAUGUUCGCAAUAUCAAAGGUGUCACCCAUGCCUACUACGAGCUCAAACGCAAAAACAAGGAUUGGGCUACUGACGCCAAAUUUGUAGCUUACAACGAGGACUUCACAAAGUGGCCGAACGAAGUGCCGCAAGACUUAACCAUCACGAUACCGCCAGACGGCUCUCUACCAAAACUACCUUCUCAUUUUCUUGCCAACAUGCACUGCCAUUACCAGUUGGGCAUUGUUAUGCUAUACAAGCCACAGCUAAGUGCUUCGAAGGAUUUUGCAAAUGACGAAAAGUGGAAGCACUUUAUGUUCGCCUGUUAUACAGCAGCGAAAAGGGUCUGUAUUCUACAGGAAGCUAUCUUGCAGCAGUUUGAUAUCCUCGGGUUGUCGUCGAUGCAAAGAGGUCUAAGCUUCCCUAUCUAUGCCAUCCUGACUUGCGUUAUGGUGCAUCUGGUGGCUAUUGUAUCCCCAGAUCCUAUUCUCAACCGUGACUCGAAGGAAUAUUUCGUGCGACACAUGCGAGUACUCGAACGAUGCAUUCAAGACUGGCCUAUGCCGGAAGUCGAGAGUCAGAUCAAUGGCUUGAGAACAGCGUUUUCAGCAGACUUGAGGAAGCCAUUUGACCUCAAACCCUCGUUUCCUUACGGCACUCCGUCUGAGCAAGGCAGAAGCCCUGGGGAGCACCGACCGUCGGAAACCCUCCACCUCAACCAUCACAAUCAUGGUCAUACGUACCUCCAACCCCAGACGCAGCACGGCAGCCAUUUCGUUACAUCGCCUGCUUCGACGAGAUCAGUGUCAAGACCGCACGACCAGACUUUCUAUCACGGCUACAAUGACCAUGUAAAUCAGAAUUACCACCAGUUUCCCGCAACAACUACUUCGAACAACGGCGGUAUGGCUGCCGAACCCUGGAAUCCCACACCAAUUAUCAAUCAAUUCAAUGCCGCGUUCGCCAUUCCAGAAUCAGCACUAGCUCCUCCUCCUCCGCCACCACCAUCCAACUAUACCUCAUCCUCACCCGUGACUCUAGCACACCAGAAUUUCGGACAGCAUGUACAAGCCCACACUCAUUUGCCGAGCCCAAUAUCAGCAAGUGGCUACAACUCCCGUCAUCCUUACACGCCUUCACCAACAUCUCAACCUAUGGCGCAUCCGCAGUCAUAUAUCCCGACUACCCCGCAACCUCAACUGACGCCUUCCCACUACCCCCAGCAACAAACAGGCAAUCCAUAUUUCGACUCGAGCAUGAAUAACCAUCAUCAUCGCCAGUCUACUCAUGUCCAACAGCAGAUGCAAGGUUCCCACAGACCCUACAGUAGCAUCAAGGGUGAACCUGUGGUUCCUAAUGAGCCUGUGUACGUUACACCUAGGGAGUGGCAGCAGAGUGUUGCCAGUGUGUUUGAUCCAGGUCUCAAGCGCAAAUAUGAGUAUGAGCAGCAAGGUGCAAUGCAGUAG